AUGCCGCCCGAUCCGGACCCCGGUUUGAUCCAACCCAAAACGGGAGGCGUCACCAAGCUCCAGACGUAUAUUAUUACAGUAUUCGCGACGAUUGCCUGGUACAAUGCCGUGGAACUGGUAAUCAUAUGUCUGACCACAUUCAAGCGCUAUCGAGGCUGCUACUUCUGGAGUUUGUUGAUCGCCUCCUUUGGCCUGAUCCCACUUGUCCUUGGAUGGCUCUUCUUCAUCUUCUAUUUCGGACUUACUCGCUGGGUUUCCGCCUCCAUAAUCAUCCCGAGCUGGUACUGCGUAGUGGCGGGCCACUCUCUUGUACUCUGGUCACGACUGCACCUUAUCAUGCAGGCGCCAAAGGUACUCCGUGCCCUCCUCAUUCUCAUCAUUGUCGACAGUGUUCUCCUCUUCAUUCCCCCAACGGUGAUGUUCUACGGAAUCCUGAUACACGAUGAGGGCUUUCGAACUUCAGCACGGUUUGCCGCCGCAUACAACGUAAUGGAGCGGAUUCAGCUCGUGGGUUUCUGUUUGCAGGAGCUUCUUAUCUCUGGAAUCUAUAUCUUUGAAACGACAAAGCUACUGCGACUUCGACCGGACCCAGUUCACUCUCGGAUUCUGAUUCGGCUGGUGGUAAUUAACGUUGUGGUCAUGAUACUCGAUGUGGCGGUCGUUGCAGUCCAGUUCGCGGGAUACAUCGCCAUUCAAAUGAUGUUCAAGCCCGUUGCUUAUAGUAUCAAGUUGAAGUUGGAAUACGCCGUCCUCAGCCAAUUGAUCCAAAUCUCCAAGGGUCCAAACUCUGAUCCGGAGCAGCUAUGCUCAUGUUCGCAAGAACACAACAGCACAUCGACAUGCCGCAGUGAUUCUGGGAGAAAUGGCACUGCAGACUCGGACAUGCGGCAGUACAACUCAAGAUCCCAUGAUGACAGCCACUACGCGUGA